UGCAUUUGCUUGCUUACAAUCCACCAGUUGUUAAUCCUUUCCACUCGAUCGAUCUCAGCUUAAUCGGGAACCACAAACGGAGAUUAAAACAAUGAAGCCAUCUUGUCAACCAAGCACCAACCACACUAGACUCCUUCUCCCCGUUUCCGCUCCCGCUACCACCCAGAGAUUACCACCCGUCAACCAUCAUUGCCUGAUCACCCAUUUGCUACCUGCCGAGCCGAUUACAAGUCGUUGAACCUUAUCGUCAUACGUAUCCCACUAUCAUGAGCACAUGGCGAUAUCGCAUCUCAAGUACGCAGAUGACAUAUCUCUUGCAAUGAUCGUACCAUCGCCACUAUCUUCACCGAGGGAAUAGAUGCCCGAGUUUGCUCACCAUCCCUGUGCCUGUCAUGUGCGGGAAAGUAUAUAAAUGACUCCCUUCAAGCCUUCCAUCCCCAAGCGAAUUUCAUCUACGCCUCAAGUCAACAACUUACUAGUUCACAACACCCAUUUCAAUUCACUAACAAUGUCUACUUCUACCUCCCACGCUGUUGACCCCGUGAACCAGUCUGCUGUCCCCAGCAGCAUCCAGAAAAAGGCCCCUGAGGGUUUGGAGAAGACCCUUCCUGACUCGGUACACAACACAGACCCUAGCAAGGACGAGCGAUAUGUCUCUCACGCUACUGGGCCUUCUAUGGUCCCCGAGGCGAUUCAGAAGGCUGCCCCUGAGGGUUUGGAGAAGGCUCUUCCCGAGUCUAUCCAUCCCACCAAUUAAAUGCCGGACGAUGGUCAGGAGGAAUAUUUAGGUAAAGUGAAGGGGGAAUAGUUUUAGAUGUUGAAAUAUGAAUGGAGUCAAGAAGUUCCGAGUGCUUUGCCUUUCGCAGUACUGUCGCCGUAUAGGGGUUCCAUUCCUGUAACAGGAUUGGAUAAUUGGAGAUAAUUGGAAUGAAUGUUUUGUUA